CACUUUCCAUUGUUUUUACCCAUGUGACGCAGUUUGUGAGGGGAUUUCCUACUGCUGUUGAAUUAAUUUAGUUGUUUACUUAGUAUUUUUAAUAAAACUAUGUAAUAGUCCGCGUUAAAAUGCAUUCGACAUUGGUGGUCUUGGUAGGGUAUGUCGCUGCCUUCAUGACCCCAGGGCUGGGCUGUCUUCCGAAGGAAUAUGCAACAAGGGAUGGGCAGUGCUGUCCGAUGUGUCACGAAGGUACAAUUGUUCGAAGAGACUGUACACCACAGUCAAGCACACGGUGCACCUCCUGUGUAAAUGGGACUUUUAUGAACAAACCCAACGGCCUGAGUAGCUGUAUCCCCUGCGUCGUCUGUGACCAAGGUCAUGGUCUCUUUGUCAAACAGGAGUGCACAGCAACAACGAACACAGUCUGUGAUGUUUCAAGUGGGUAUUUCUGCAAAGAGUUGAUGGAUGAUACAGGAUGUAGUUUGGCACGAAAACAUACACACUGUACACCUGGUGAGAGGAUAAAAGAACAUGGAACCAGGAAAACGGACACAGUGUGUCAACAGUGUCAGCCAGGCUAUUUUUCAAAAGAUGGUGUGAAUUGCACCGAGUGGACUAUUUGCUUAGAUAUCCAAGUACAGGUCAGAGAAGGAAGCACGAGCACUGAUGUUGUCUGUGGAACUGCUUCAAGACAGCAUUACUUUUAUAUACCUUUAAUAUUAUCCGCAUUAACAUUCACUGGGCUUGUGAUCAAAGGCAGACUAACUAAAAUAACAGUAAGUUCUCCAUAUCUGUUUCUCAAACUUUGCACCCCAUGAAAUUCUACAUACAAAUGUGUUAAUGUCAUUUUAAUUUCUUUUUCUCCACCUACAUACUGUAGACUCCAGUACUGGAGGGAGGUGACUCGGUUUGUGCUUGAAACUUAAAUUCCAUUUAUUCUGCCAGUUCACACCAAAAUCUAAAAACACAUAUUUUUCCUCAUACCUGUACUGUGGUAUUUAUCAAUGUAGAUUGUUUUGGUGUAAGUGGCUUAGUGUCGGAGACAUCGGCCGUAGAAAUGUCUGCCUUCUCUCCAAUAUAAUUGAACUAGAUGGCACUCGGCUUGUGCCGCAAAAAUCAACAGCUCUGCCUCUUUCCAGAAAUCAUGACCUCAUUGAUAAAGAUAAUCCACAGACCUGGUUGGGAGCAGUUUUUUAAAGGAAGUAUUUUCUUUCUACAGAACUACACCCACAACCGUAUCAGCGCAUAAAAGGAAGUUUACUCAUGGACAACAGGCUCGUGGUCUGACAUUACUGUAUAGCUAACUGAUACUGCUGGAUCACCUAAGUGAGGUGGAGGGAUGUUUUCAUGUUGUGUGCUCUAUGUUUUAACAUUAAAUAAAAAUAUUAACAAAAGUUUACAACUUCCCAGGCAGCUGAGUGCUUUGAGCUAAGUGCUAACAUCAGUCUAAUCUAGGCUACACACAUCUUGUAAAAUCUUAUUUUAAUGUUUUAGUGUUUUUGACUUUUCUAAUGUAUUUGUUCUCUUUGUGUAACACUUUGAAUUGCCUCCGUAUUUUAACAAUUAAAGUUACCUUGCAUUGUCAUCAGAAGUAAAGGACAAGGGCAGACUGCAGCGCAUCAUCCACUCUGCUGAGAGGGUGAUUGGCUGCAAUCUGCCGUCUGUCCAGGACCUGUAUGCCUCCAGGAAAGAUUUUAGCUGAUCCCUCUCACCCCACAACCUCCCCCCUCUGGCAGGAGGCUGCGCUCCAUCAGGACCAAAAGCUCACACCACAAAAACUGUUUCUUCCCCCCAGCAGUAAGACUUACCAACAAGGCCUCUGACCCCCACUGACUCUUUACUUAAUAUUAAUGUUUAAUACGUUUGUUUAUGUAUGCACCUUUCACCAAGUCAAAUACCAUAAGUGUACUUAUUGAGCCAAUAAAGCCUUUUUCUGAUUCUGAA